AUGUCUCGUUUCUUCCACGGCGGCAGUGACAGCGAAAGCUCGUCCUCAGACGAGGAGGAGCUCUACAGCGAUCGCGAUAAGCCCGAAGACGAUGAGGAGGAGUCCAGCGAAGAAGAGUCCAGCGAGGAGGAGUCCUCGGAGGAGGAGAGUGAUUCCGAUGACGAUGGUGGUCUCCAGGGUGCGAGCAAGUUCUACAAGUCGACCAAGGCCGCCGUUGAGUCGGACGAAGAUGAGGAGCGGGUUACGGUCAUGAAGAGUGCGAAGGAUAAGAGGCUAGAGGAGUUGGAACACACAAUCAAGGUCAUUGAUAAUGCGGAGAGAAUCAAUGACUGGGCUGUUAUUUCUACAGAGUUUGAUAAGCUGAACAGGCAGACUGCAAAGAUUGUCCAGUCUGGUCCUAUUCCAAAGGUCUAUAUCAAAGCCAUUGCCGAUCUGGAGGACUUCAUGAACGAGACGCUUGCGAAGCAGAAGGUGUCCACAAAGAAAAUGAACGCCAACAACGCCAAGGGCUUCAACACUGUCAAGCAGCGUCUAAAGAAGAACAAUAAGGAAUAUGUCACCGAGAUCGAAAAGUACAGAGAGAACAAGGAGGAGUACAUGGAACCAGACCAGGAGGAAGAAGUCGUGGUUGUGGAGCGUGCUCCCCGUGCCGCUACCCGGGUUGAGGAUGUUCUUAUCGGAGACGAUACUGGAUUCUCGACCGUUGGCCGUGGUGGAAAGGCUCUCCAGUAUACCCCAGAGAGUAUUCUCAAGCACCUCCGUGUUGUUGUGGAGUCUAGAGGCAAGAAAAACACCGACCGCAUGGAGCAGAUCCGAACUAUGGAAAAACUCCUCGAGGUUGCCACAACACCAUACCACACCAUCCGAAUCCUCCUGACCCUCAUCUCUACUCGUUUCGACCUCAGCACCACCUCGGUAAACAACUUCUUGGGUACUGAUCAAUGGAAACUCGCUGAGCGAGAGAUUACAACCCUGCUCCAGACCCUGGAGGAGAACCCUUCGUAUGUUGUCACUGAAGGUGCUGAAGAGUGGGAAGAUGAUGAGAAGAUGCCACAGCUGGCUCCUGGUGAAGUUCUCAAGGUUCCUGGAAGCAUCGUCUCUCUGGUUGAACGAUUAGAUGAUGAGCUCACCCGUUCGCUGCAACACAUCGACCCUCACACAGCCGAGUACAUUGAGAGACUCAGUGACGAGCAGCUACUAUACAACAACAUUGUUCGUGCCUUGAUUUACGUUGAGAACCUCAAUGAGAUCGAGAAGUCCGAGCCCAGACAAGAUAGCGUGAACAGAGUUCUGAUGCGAAGACUAGAGCACGUCUACUUCAAACCUGCCCAGGUUGUCAACAUAAUGGAAGAAAACUCCUGGAAGGUUGUCCCUGAGAAGCUCGACUCAUCGAUCACGCCUCGAGCAAAGAGCACAGAUGUCACCGCCUUGGUACAAACCCUUUGUAACUAUCUGUUCGAGUACAGUGACGGCAUCAUCAGAGCUCGUGCUAUGCUCUGCCAGAUCUACUUCCUCGCCCUUCAUGAUAAAUACCACCGCGCCAGAGACCUCAUGUUGAUGUCCCAUCUCACAGAGAACAUCUCCAACUUUGACGUCAGCACACAGAUCCUCUUCAACCGGACACUUGUGCAGAUUGGUCUCUGCGCUUUCCGUGCCGGACUUGUCUAUGAAGCCCAAAACACCCUCUCUGAGGUUUGCGGAAGUGGACGACAAAAGGAGCUUCUGGCUCAGGGAAUCAUCAUGCAGAGAUACUCCUCUGUCUCCCCCGAGCAGGAGAAACUUGAGCGUCAACGCCAGCUCCCCUUCCACAUGCACAUCAACCUUGAGCUCCUCGAGUGCAUCUACCUUACCUCCAGCAUGUUCCUUGAGGUUCCCCUGAUGGCCCAGAGCUCUUCCUCCCCCGAACUCAAGCGCCGCAUUAUCUCCAAGACAUUCCGAAGAAUGCUCGAUUACAACGAGCGACAAGUCUUCACCGGCCCACCAGAGAACACCCGUGAUGGUGUUAUCAUGAGCGCCAAGUUCCUUGCAGCCGGCGACUGGAAGAAGGCCUCUGCCACCCUCAACUCCAUCAAGAUCUGGGACUUGAUGGCCCAGCCCGACAAGAUCAAAGUCAUGCUUGCCGAACAAAUCCAAGAGGAAGGUCUACGUACCUAUCUGUUCACCUACGCUCCAUUCUACGAUACCCUCUCCAUUAGCACCCUCGCCGCCAUGUUCGAGCUCUCUGAGAAGAGAAUUGCUGCUAUUGUCAGCCGCAUGAUCUCUCACGAAGAACUCAGCGCUGCCCUCGACCAAGUCAACGACGCCAUUGUCUUCCGCAAGGGCGUUGAGCUUUCUAGACUCCAGAGUCAAAUCGUUACUCUUGCAGACAAGUCCAUGUCUCUGCUAGAAGCUAACGAGAAGACCCUUGAACAACGAACACAAGGCAUGACCAAUGCGUUCCAACGUGACCAGGGUCAUGGCGGACGAGGUGGUGGACGAGGUGGCAGAGGCGGACAGCGAGGUGGUGGUGGCCGUGGUGGUGGUAUUGGAGGACAAGGUAGAAGGCCCGGUAACCAGCAGUUCGGCGGUGGUGCCCUUGGUGGAGCGAUCCGAGCAUGA